AUGCAGCGCAUGAGCCCGGCUUUGUGUCUGAGCUGCGCUGCAUUUGAAGACACGAGCGGGUCUUGUGCUGCAGACGGCGAGUUGGGCCCCACAGCAGCAGCAGCAGCAGCAGCAGCAGCAGCAGCAGCAGCAGCAGGGCCUCACGACUUUCCGCACAUGAUAAGAGCCGCCACAGAGACACAAAGAAUUCGAAGAAAAAAUAUUGCGGAGUGUCUCCGAAGAGUGGAGGCCUACAGGGUUUUCCAGUCUCUGGAGCGCAGCCAGCAGCAGCCACUUGCUGCUGCUGCUGCUGCUGCUGCUGCUGCUGCUGCUGGGGCCGCGGGGCGUUCUGCGAGGGGCAGCGAGGGAGGUGCAGCAGCAGCAGCAGCAGCAGCAGCUCAAGCUGCUGCUGCUGCUGCAGAUGACGCCGUGACUCUGGAGACUGUGAACAGCUGCAACCUCAUGCACCUGGUGGCUCCCGUGAACAGCAGCAGCAGCAGCAGCAGCAGCAGCAGCAGCAGGCGCCCCGCGUCUGCGGAGGAGCUGCGGGCGGCGCGAAUGGUGAUCCAGCCGCGUCCAAUCAUCAGCAGCAGCAGCAGCAGCAGCAGCAGCAGCAGCAGCAGCAGCAGCAGCAGCAGCAGCAGCAGCAGCAGCGGGGACGCCGUGGGCGCGGUGGAGGGCCUCUGCGGCUUCACUUCGCAGUCUCUUCACCAAAGAGAUCUUUUAGUCCCUUCUCACAGAAGAAGACCAGCAGCACUUUGUGCUUCUUGUUUGAAGCAGCUGCUGCUGCUGCAGCAGGCCCGCGCGGACCUCUUUUGCUACCACCACUGGCUGCUGCACGCCGCCCGCCAGCAGCAGCCCAGCAGCAGCAGCAGCAGCAGCAGCAGCAGCAGCAGCAGCGGCGGCGGCGGCAUUGCGCUGGACAGCUACGCGGGGCAGUCGCUGCUCGCCAGGAAGAAGCAUUUGCUGCUGAGGCUGCGAGAGCUGCUCGCCCUUAUUCCCAUGCAGCAGCAGCAGCAGCAGCAGCAGCAGCAGCAGCAGCAGCAGGGAGAGGUCGUCAGGGUCGACAGGUGGGGCGGCUCGCGCGGCUCGGGAGAUCUGCAGCAGACAGAGGCUGGAGCAGCAGCUGCUCAGGAGCAGCAGCAGCAGCAGCAAAAGCAGCAGCAGCAGCAGCAGCAACAGAGCCUGUCUGCAGCGGGAGGGGCUUCUGCUGCUCUCGCUGCGCUGGCCUGGCUGCUGCAGUGGCAUGUCUUAGCUGCUGCUGCUGCUGCAGUGCUGCUGCUGAUGAUAGUCUUCUGGGCGAGCUAUCAGUGCUGGAUGGAGCGGUCUGCUGCUUUAAACAUGCAGCAGCUGCAGCAGGAAGAGGCAGCAGCAGCAGCAAGGGAAACAGCUGCUGCUGCUGCAGCAAAGGCCUCGCAAAGAGCUGCUGCUGCUGCUGCUAAUGCGCUGCACGACCACUGCCGCGCACCCCAAGGCAGCAGCAGCAGCACCAAGCAGCAGCACAAGCAUUCUAAGCCCGCCCAGCAGCAGGCCAAGAAGCAGCAGCAACUCUACAAGAAGCAGCAGCAGCAGCAGCAGCAGCAGCAGCAACAGCAGCAGAAGCAGCAGCCACCUGCUGCCAGCGACGCGCUGAAUGCACGUAAGAGUGCUGGGGCAGCAGCAGCGGCGCAAAACGCAGAGGACGCAGCUGCUGCUGCUGCUGCACCUGCUGCGGCACCUGCUGCUGCACCUGCUGCUGCACCUGCUGCUGCUGCUGCUGUGGUGGAAACAGCAGCAGCUCCUGCUGCUGCUGCUGCUGCUGAAACCCUUGCUGCUUCUGCUGCAGCCACCACCUGUUCUACAACAGCAUCAGCCUCACCAGGGGCAGAAGAAACAGCAGAUAAAAGUGGAAAAAGUGCUGCUGCUGCUCGUGCUGCAGCAGCACGCCUGAAGCAGCAGCAGGAGCAGCAGCGGGGCACGAACAGCGCAGCAGCAAGUAGCCCCGUUGCAGCAUCAAAGAGGGAAGCAGCUGCAGCAGCAGAAGCAGCAGCAGCAGCGAGCGCUGCUGCUGCAGAACAGCAGACAGAAGCGACAGCAGCAAAUGCUAAGGGACGGAGACACAAGCAGCAAAAGCAGCAGCAGCAACAGCAGCUGCAGCGGCCGCAACCAGAACAGCAGCAGCAGCAGCAGCAGCUUAAUGGAGGACUGAAGGGAGAUGGACCAGUAGCAGCUGCUGCUGCAGGGAAGAUGGCCAGCGGCAGCACAACAGACCACCAGCAACAGCAGCAGCAGCAGCAACAGCAGCAGCAGCAGCAACAGCAGCAGCGUCAGCAGCAGCACCGCGUUGCUGCAGAUGCAAGCCCCGCAGCUGCUGCUGCAGCAAGAGGGAAGGGCGACUCGCCUAAAGCAGCGGCUGACGCACCUUCCCCAAAUGCAGCAGCAGCAGCAGCAGCAUCUGCUGCUGCUGUUGCUGCUGCUGCUGCGCCUUCUCCAGCUGCACGAGACAAGGCAGCCAAGCCGUCUGCAGCGCCGAAGAAAGGAGCAGCAGCAGCAGCUGCUGCUGCUGUGGCUGCUGCUGCUGCAGAGCCUGGCAGCGGCAGCGCUGCUGCUGAGGGGCCCUCACCCGGCAGCAGCUCGCAGCAGCAGCAGCAGCAGCAGCAGCAGCAGCAGCAGCAGCGUCCAGGGCGGCAGCGGGAAGAGCUGCUGCUGCUGCAGCGCAUGCUGAGCCACCUGGAGCAGCAGCACAUAGCCUAUUCGCUGCAGCGGGGGGAGCUGCCAGACACGGCGCUGGGGUGUCUCGACAGCAGCAGCAGCAGCAGCAGCAGCAGCUUGCUGCAGCGGUUCGGCUGGAAGCACAUUAAAGGGGGAGCAGGAAGACAGGGUUUUAUUCGCCUCACGAAGAAGGUAGCUGCUGAGUACUUGGCAGCAGCAGCAGCAUCUGCUGCUGCUGCUGCUGCUGCUUCCCCUGCGCGGCCAGACGCGCAUGCAGCAGCAGCAGCCGCUGCUCUCCUGCCCGGCAGGCAGCAGCAGCAGCAGCAGCGGAAUGUCCGGUCGGAUUCUGGGACCAGCACAAGCAGCAGCAGCAACAGCAGCAACAGCAGCAGCAGCAGCAAGGCAGCUCUCCGGGCUAAGGAAUCCUCUCCUCGCAAUGCUGCUUCUGUAACUAUGGGGUCGCGGGUCUUGCCAAAGCAGCAGCAGCAGCAGCAGCAGCAGCAGCAGCAGCAGCAGCAGCAGCAGGCAUUCCAUCAGCAUUCGCAAACUGUAAGCCGCGGCGGCGUAGGAGGGCGUCAGCAGCAGCAGCAGCAGCAGCAGCAGCAGCAGCACAAGUCUGGUCUCCCUGCAGGGUCAGGGGCACGAAGUGUCGGUGGGCGCUUUGCUGCUGCUGCGCGGCCGGCAGCAGCAGCAGCAGCAGCAGCAGCAGCAGCAGAGCCUGCUGCUAGGGCUUGGGGGUCACCAACUGCCCGAGAUGAAUCCUCGCCGCAAAAGGAGUGGAUUGAAGUGCUGUUUGCUGCCCGCGGCAGCUCGGAUGCUGCUGCAGCAGGCAGCAGCAGCAGCAACAGCAGCAGCAGCAGCAGCAACAGCAGCAGCAGCAGCAACGGCGGCGUCUCGCAUCUGCAGCGCGAACCACCAGCAGCUGUGCUGCGCGUGGGCGAGCCCGCUGACAGCAGCCGCAGCAGAAGUGUUGCUGCUGAGAGGUCUGCAGCAGCAGCAGCAGCCGCAGGAGAAGCAGCAGCAGCAGCAGCAGCAGCAGCAGGAGCAGCUGCGGCUGCUGCUCCGCAGCAACAGCAAACACAGGAGCUCUCUCCGUGUGAAGCAGCAGCAACAGCAGCAACAGCAGCAGCAACAGCAGCAGCAGCAGCAGCAGCAGCAGACAGAGACAGUGGGGACCGCAUGCGUCCGGCGCAGCAGCUGCUAGCUGCUGCGCUGCUGGCAGACUUCAGCAGCACAGGAAGUGGGGGGUGGCUGCCGUUUGCUGUUUCCCGUGGCUCCCCGCAGCAGCAGCAGCAGCAGCAGCAGCGGCGGAGGCAGCAGCAGCAGCAGCAGCAAAGAGACGACUCUUUGUUCCUCUGCGGCAUCCCUUCUCCCAGAGAUGCAGAAGGGGCUUGUGCGUAUAUCCCAAAGGGAAACGCAGCAGCAGCAGCAGCAGCAGCAGCAACAGCAGCAGCAACAACGACAGCAGCAGCAACUUGCGCAGUGGACCCUGUGCUGCUGGGAGGGGCAGCGGGGCAGCAGCCCCUGGCUCCCUGGCUUUUGGACGGUGCUUUGCUGCAGCAGCAGCAGCAGCAGCAGCAGCAGCAGCAGCAGCAGCUGCCUUCUGUCCCCUGCGGGAGGGGAACUGCUGCAGCGCCUUUUGCUGCUGGAACAGGUAUGUGGCCUUUGGGCGAGGAUGUAGAUAACAGUGGGACAGCAGCAGCAGCAGCAGCAGCAGCAGCUGCUGCUGCUGCGGGCUUCCUGCCGCCGGGUUUCGGGAGCAGCAACAGCAGCAGCAGCCCAGGAGCAGCAGCAGCAGCAGCAGAUCGCCUGGUGGAGCUGCUGCCGCUGCCGCCUCCAGGGCUGUGCCGACCGAUAGGAAACCAGGCAGCAGCAGCCCCAGCAGCAGCAGCAGCAGCAGCAGCAGCAGCAGCAGCAAGGGACAGCAGCAGCAGGGGCAGCACAGCGCACCCCCUGCGGUCCCUGUGGGGCCCCAACGACUUGCCGCCGAUGCGCUUCUGUGUGGGGGCCUCAGACGAAGAAGAAGACACAGCAUAG